ACAGUGCCAGCCAGGUGUGUGCUGGUGUGAGAGCAACACAACAGUGCCAGCCAGGUGUGUGCUGGUGUGAGAGCAACACAACAGUCCCAGCCAGGUGUGUGCUGGUGUGAGAGCAACACAACAGCCCCAGCCAGGUGUGUGCUGGUGUGAGAGCAACACAGCAGUCCCAGCCAGUUGUGUGCUGGUGUGAGAGCAACACAAGAGUCCCAGCCAGGUGUGUGCUGGUGUGAGAGCAACACAACAGUCCCAGCCAGUUGUGUGCUGGUGUGAGAGCAACACAAGAGUCCCAGCCAGUUGUGUGCUGGUGUGAGAGCAACACAACAGUCACCGUCCACAUCAUGACCAUCUAUAAAUGGUUGAUCUUGAGCCUCGUGGGUGUGGUAUCCUGUGCCAAGCUACCUGGGGGCAUUUUUGCUGGCGUUAAUGACCCAGCGACCACCCCCACCACACUUCCCACAGAGAGCAACACACAAUACACAUCUACCACUACAUCAUUAUCUUCAACGAACGAUAUACAGGACACUCCUACUACACUCCCUACAGUGAACGACACACAGCACACGCCUACCACACUCCCUACAACGAACGACACACAACACACGCCUACCACACUCCCUACAGAGAAUGACACCCAACACACACUCAUCACACUCCCUGCAGAGACCUAUACACCGCCCACACUCUCAAACCAAACCUACACUGUUUUGAUAUAUUCCGACGAGGAGCUUACAGUGACCCCCGCCACGCCUUCUGAAAUUGUUCAGCGCUGGUCCGAGGUGCCUGAAAUGCUGAAGGAUCCUAGUUCGCCAGUCAGUGGUGCCCUGACGGAUGAACCAACGUUCUUUGGUGUUGCUGGAAGAGGAGAUGACACAAGCAGGAACGUAUAUAAUAGUGACAACGAUGAUACAGAUGAUUACGCAGAUUAUAACAGCUUAAAGGAUAAUGAAUCUGACCGUGAAGCGAAAUAUGAGUAUGAAGAUGAGGGUGAUGACACUGAAAUGGAAGACAAUGAGGGUGAUGACACUGAAAUGGAAGACAACGAGGGUGAUGACACUGAAAUGGAAGACAACGAGGGUGAUGACACUGAAAUGGAAGACAACGAGGGUGAUGACACUGAAAUGGAAGACAACGAGGGUGAUGAUACUGAAAAUGAUGACGAUGGCGAUGGUGAUGACGCUGAAGAGAAGAGUGGAGGCAGCAGUGACGCCAAGUAUAGUGGUGAUGAUGAUGAUGAUGAUGAUACUGAGGACGAUUAUAACUACGAAGAGACUCUUUUCGAUAACUAUGACGAGUAUGAUGAAGAUGAUUACGACAACAGCGAGUAUGAUGGCUACAUAAAAAGUUACUGGGACAUCAACGACGAUAAGGAAGAACAUAAUAUUACAAACUACAAUAGUAAUGAUGAAGACGAUAACGACAAUGAAGAUCACAGCGACGGAAGCGAUGAUAAACGCGACAACACAAUGGACAAUGACAACAGAAUGGCGCACAUGUACCAUUUUGGAAAUGAGUCCAACGACUUGACCCCCAUGCACUCUAGUGGGACCCAAGGUCCUCAGAGGUUACUUGCCAGUGAAGAUCUACAUAUAUCUAGGACGAUCACAACGACGGACGCUGAUAUAGGCAGUGAAGGAUUGGUUGAAACUUCUACCACGGAGGGUGAGGAGAAGCAACCAUCGUACUACCAUAGUGAUGAGAGCAUAGCUAGAGGCGAGACAGUCAUCAUGCUGAGCGACACACAGCUCCGGCACCUGCAGGAUCUGGGAACUUCUGGAUAUGCAGAUGAGGAUCAGGAAGAAUAUACAGAAAGAUAUGACUACGAGGAUAAGGCAAGAGGUGAAGAAAGUACCACUUUCCUACCAGUCGAGAACUCCAGACAGGAAACAACAGGUAGGCCAGCUUUUCUAUCUAGUGACACAGCCCACUACUACAAGACUGAUUUCAUCACGAAUGAAGAAUUAGAACACAUGCUGAAAAGUUACCCUGAGUUUUUGUUCACUGGAGAACAGUGGGAAAAUGGUCAGGCUGGAGAAGAAGAGUUUGCUAGUACAGAGAGGGACGCUCACUAUGUAACUGAUGAAAUUAUCGAUGAAGAAAGGGAUGUGACAAAGUUGGGAUUAAAUUACACUGGACAGGAACGUAACGGAACCACACAAGGAGAAGAUCAACAUGAUGCAAGACUGACCUUGCUCUCACUUUCUGCACCAACCGAAAUAAAUUACUUGGAGGUCACCAAUCAAACAAGAGGAAAUCGAGGCGUUCUGAACACGACUACUCAAAAUUUUACUGUUGGAAACAUCCAAGAAGGGUCCCAGGGUAUGGUAAUUCCAGAUAUGUCCCACACAUAUAAUGAGCUUGUCAAGUCUGACCAACUAACAGCAGAAGAGAGGCAGGACCUAAGCGACCUGGAAAGACUCCGGAGGACGGUGGAAGCUCUGGGAGGGGAGAAAACUCUUCACAAGAACCUUGAAAUACACCAUAUCGUCCGGAGACAACUGCAGGGACACGAGGCUUGUAAGGUGUUGAAUAGGAGACGCAGGACCGCGGAAAACAACACUGUGGAAGAACAUAGUGAGGCUGAGAAGUUUCCUGAAUACUUAGUGAGAGUACGGCGAGGUGUGAGCAACGUUGGCAAGAGUCUGGAACAAGGUACCGCUAGAUACAAGCAACUUCUCAACCAGUACAAGAAAGUGUGUGACUUCAUCGCUUUGACUUUCUUCGACAAAUAAUCUCAUGCUCGAAAUUAUCUGGUGAAUUUCUGAAAUAACUAAAAUCUAAAUGUAACAAUCACGCACUCUAAGUUCAUAUAGUGUUAAUAAAGAUUAUUUUCCGGUAAAAAUAAUCUAGUACUACUAUUAAUAUUUUCGUAGGUAUAAUGCUUGUCAGGACACAGGACAGGUGUUUCCUGACUCGGGUCUUGGUUAUAUGAUGACCCACACCUAGAGCUUUUGGUCAUCUGGCCGAGGACUUCCGCUGGCUUACCAGUUCACAUCUUUAAAAAUCAUGGUUAUGAUUAUAACCAUUAAUAAAUAUUUUCGUAAUUGUCACGGUUAUUUUAAAAUAUAAAAUAAGCAUAUAAGAAACUUGCGCAGGAGUGUUAGUUAGUUAGUUUAAUAUGUUUAUUAUGCACCCCAUACCCAUCCCGUGGGCGAUAGUCACCACAUACCCAUCCCGUGGGCGGUAGUCACCACAUACCCAUCCCGUGGGCGGUAGUCACCACAUACCCAUCCCGUGGGCGGUAGUCACCAC